AAUGUAGUUUUACUAUGGGUCAGUGGAAUACACAGAACACAUUUUUUGUUAAAAAAUUUAAAAUAAGUGCGAUAAUGAUGUCAAAAAUUCAUAAUUUUUCAAAUAUUUCUGAUCAACAAGGACAUGUCUAUUUAUAUUUAUAAAAGAAAUGGCAUGUAUCGAAUUUUCAAAAGACAAUACCUAUUUGUCAAUUUUUUUCUUCAAAUUUUUCUUUAAACACUGUAUAUUUAAGGCCUUUUUCUCAAUGUCUGCUUAGCAACCAUCUGUCAGUGAAGUUCUGGUUAAUCGAACCAAGACUCCUUGUGUCGGUUUAGUUCUUGUUAACUCAACAAAGACUGCUUCUUUCGGUUGAGUCGCCUAGAACUUAACACAUGAUUGCUAACCAGACAUUGAGGAAACUGUCCCUAAUGAUACAUUCUUAUAGGUUUUAUUUUGAAAUUUAUGUGUUUACCAACACUGUUUAUUGUGAGGAAGUGUCGGUGACCCUGUUUGUAGCUACGUUGUGAAUUGCAUUUUUUUAAUUUUGGCAGGUAAAAAUAUAUUUGUGUCAAAGAAUAAUUGUCAAUAGGGCUUUAAAGUACGAGUGCUGGUUAGCCACAAUUAAUACAAUUUAACAAAUAAAUAAAAUGUCUGACGGUGCAGGAAGUUGGUGUUUAAUUGAAAGUGACCCAGGUGUAUUUACGGAACUUAUCCGUGAAUUCGGAUGCGAAGGCGUGCAGGUGGAAGAAAUAUGGAGUUUAGAUCGUGACCUAUUCAAAGAACUCGAACCCAUACAUGGACUUAUUUUCCUGUUUAAGUGGGUACAGGACGACGAAUCAGUUGGCACAGUAGUAAAGGACGAUCGUUUAGAAAAUAUAUUCUUUGCGAAACAAGUUAUUAAUAAUGCUUGCGCUACACAAGCUAUACUUAGCAUACUAUUAAAUUGCAAUCACCAAGAUAUUAACUUGGGACCAACACUUAAUGAAUUCAAAGAAUUUUCACAGUCCUUCGAUCCGUUCAAUAAAGGUUUAACACUGAGCAAUGCGCCUAAAAUUCGAUCUGUGCACAAUUCAUUUGCGCGACAAACACUCUACGAGCUAGACACUAAAAACCAAAACAAAGAUGAUGAUGUAUACCAUUUCAUUGGUUAUAUACCGAUCAAUGGCCGCCUUUAUGAGCUUGAUGGCUUGAAAGAAGGUCCAGUCGAUUUAGGGGCUGUGGCCGCUGAUCAAAAUUGGAUCGAUGUUGUGCGCCCCAUAAUCGAAAAGCGUAUGCAAAAGUACAGUGAAGGGGAAAUUCACUUUAAUCUUAUGGCACUUGUAUCGGAUCGAUUGAAAAUAUAUCAACAAAAAAUAGAUCAACUUAUAAACACCGGCGACGGUGCCAUGGAUACCGACGAGGAUAGACAGACUGAAAUCGCUAAAUUGCGUUCGAAAAUGGAGUACGAAGUUGAGAAACGGAAACGCUAUAGAAUUGAAAACAUUCGUCGUAAGCAUAACUAUUUACCAUUUAUAGUAGAAUUACUGAAAAUGUUGGGCGAACAAGGCCAAUUAAUGCCUAUCUAUGAAAAAGCAAAACAACGCGCUGCAGAAAGGGAGGCUGCCGUUUCGAAAAGCAAAUCUUAAAAGCUUAGCCACUGUCGGCGCCAUUCAAAAUUCUUAAACAUCGUUGACGCAUUUUUUCUUUACACUUGUAAAUGCUUUUAUUACAAAAGAAAAAAAAAUUAAUAAAAUCAAUUGUUUAUAUACAUAUAUUGCUAACGGAAUGACUGCCGAGGAGAAUAUGUAUGAUUCCCCUAAAGAUUGUUUAAAUUUUUUGAAAACUUGAAAAAAUAGCAAAAUAAAUCUAACUUGUGCUAUUGCAAA